CCUGCAGCAAGCGUUCAUCAGUUGCGACAACCAAACCGCUUCACAACAACGGAGUAACACGCGAAAUCUAGCACAGUUCCAGCCGACUUCUCACAACGCCUUGGCAAUUACACAUUACUGAUUGGUGCUCCGUUGACCAAUAUAUCCGCCGGCGUUUGAAUCGCCAUCAGCACCCAUCGCCAGUUGACUCAAUCUUCCACCUGGUCGCUUGGCUGCGCAAUGAUCAACAUGGCACCAAGCAAGAUCAACGUCCUCAUCACGACCUUUGCCGGCACUGGCCUGCCUUCGACACUUUCUCUCGCUCUACCGCCAACAACUCCGAUCUCGGCUCUUUUCGACGAGCUCGACAGUCGCCUCCCAAAAUCCGCUACCAGCUCCUCCGCCCGCCUCCUCCUCUCAACUCUCUCCAGCCGUCCCAUCACCCUCAACUCGGCCCUCCCCAUCUUCUCCCUCCUUUCCACCGUCAACACAGACCUCUCUGAUGGUGAAAAUGGUCUUGAAGAAUCCGCCGACUUCCUCCCCUUGCGCCUCUCCGUCCCACUGCCAGGCGGCAAAGGCGGCUUCGGCUCGCAGCUCCGCGCGGCGGGCGGGCGCAUGUCGAAGCGCAACAAAAAAAACUCGACAGCCGAGGAAAACGGCUCGUCGCGCAACCUCGACGGCCGCCGGCUGCGCACCGUCACCGAGGCCAAGGCGCUCGCCGAGUACCUGGCCAUCAAGCCCGAGAUGGAGCGCAAGGAAAAAGAGAGGCGGCGGCAGCGGUGGCAGCAGAUUGUUGAGAUGACGGAGCGGCGGCAGGAGGAGAUUAAGUAUGGCUCCAAGAAGGUCGGGCUGGACGGGAAGUGGGUCGAGGAUAAGGAGGUGGUUGGUGAGAGGACCAGGGAGGCGGUGCUGGAGGCCAUGCGGAAGGGGUCCUAUCGGGAUAAUUUGGCUGGGGAGCUGGCCGGGGGGAGCGGGUCGUCGGCUGAAGAGGAAGAUGGGGAGGACGAAGUGAUGCAGGACGGGGAGGAGAAAAGCGGUGGUGGGUCGAAGGCUACUACUCCGCCUUCAGAGCCGGAGCCCGAACCCAAGUGGAAGGGGAAGGAGAAGGAGGUGGGGAAUGGAAAUGGGAACGGGAAUGGGAAUGGGACAGCGCGGAAGUUUUUGGGGUUCGAUGAGGACGACGAGUUCAUGAGCUCAGAUGAUGACGAGAGCGAAGGUGAAGGAUCAGAGCCGUGAAGGAUGGUUAUCUCAACAAGCCGUUCUAUUCAAGAGGGCCAAUGCUUGGAGCGAAUUUUUGUCUUUUGGCUGCAGCGUUGGGAUGGCGUUUCGGGGUGCUCGGACAAAUUACAGCAAUUAAUGAUACCAACCACUUCACACAUGCAACACGAAACGCAUUGUAUU